AUGCGGUCUUUAAUUUCUGCGAUGCUGGUGGCCAACGUUUUGGUCGAGGCUGGUCAAAAUGUAAGUGAGCCUAUACGUAAUAGAUCACUGAGAAUGUAACAGAGUUUAUAAGGGGUGAAGUUACUAAAAAAAUCCGAUUCACGUCAAUCCAGCGCAUUUACUAUAGGUUUUAGGCGUUUCACACUAUUGAUUGACCAAAACAUUUGAGAUAUCAAAUUUCUAUGGGAAAAAUUUUUUUGUAAACAAAAUGGGUCUUAAAAUAUCAAGAAAAGUUUAGAAUGUUAUUUUUUGACCAUAAAGCAAGGUUUUGUGCCGGAUUGCCAAGAAAAAAAUAGCCAAACGUUUUCUCCAAAAUUCCAUUAAUGGCAAAACGCUACAUUAGAUCUUAAAUAUUAAGGAAACAGCUUCAACUGCGCUGUAAUGACAUGCGUUUAUGGUAGUUUUUGGCGUCAAACGUAUUGAACCAACUCUUCUGGUAGAGAACAUAUAAAACAAAGAGAGUUAGCAGACAAAAAACCCUCGCUUCUCAGUCUAGCAGGCCUAGAUGUGCUGUGCUAGAAACCGCAAUCGUUAGCACCAUAUGCAGGCUUCUAAAACCACAAAACACAAUUUCAGAGCGGUUUAGUUUACGACCGCUUCUAUGAGUCGUCAAAGGACUUUGGAAUGAACGUCACCAAAGAAAGUGUCGCAAAAUGUGUUGACGGAACCUUGGGAAGGGUAAGUUUGUCAUCAUUACAACUGCGCUACUAUAGCAAGUUAGUUUUAAGUCGUUUUCGCUAUUAAAAUACCUAAUUUCAGGCCUCGGAACUCGAUGAAAAAUACGGUUUGAAGUUGAACAAAUAUGUCCAAAGAUUUGUUGAUGCGGUCGAGAAAAUUCCAGAAGAUGACUUGCGAGGAGAUCAGUAUGGCGAAGCGAUGAAUGCGUUCCACGACUUGGUCCAGAAGACUAAGCAAAAGUCUACCGCGGCUGAACAGGCAUGGUUCGACAAGACCUUCCUGGUUGUCAGCUCCAUUUACAAUGUAAGCCUUACACUUAGCACUUGAAUUUGCACAUUCGCAGUCUCCACUUUGAUGGAUAAACUGGCAAAGAGACAUUUUUCCCAACAUCAAAUUUUCAGGGAAAGCCCCAGCAAGAAAUCUCCGCGAACGCCCGAAAACUCGGCCUUCUUUAUCCCCGAGUUGUGGAGAGAAUGGUCGAAGUCUACGAGCUUGGUCGAGCCCAUGAUAUCAACAUGAAACAGUACGUUGACAAAUACUUGGACGCCAUCUCUGACUAUCACGGAGAUCAAACUCAAGUCUCGGAGGCCAUGGAGAAAAUUAGAGAGAAAUUAAUCGAGAUUGAAGUUCCAUCUGACUCUUUGAAGUUCCUGGAUGUUACUCCUUAA